AUGACUCCUCAAGAGAGUAUCCGAGGAGCUUGGGAAAGGUUCAAGAGCCUUUUGAAGCGAUGUCCUAAUCAUGGUUUGAAUCCAACCCAUCAAGUCCUCGCAUUCUGCAAGGGGUGCUUGCCUGAUGCAAAGAGCGAGCUAAACCGGAGCGCGGGAGGAUCACUGAUAAAGAUUGGUGAGGCGGCAGCAAUGGAGGUGAUCGAGAGGGUUGCCUCGAAUGAUGGAACUUGGACUAACGAGAGGAGCAAGGUGCACAGAAUAGCUUCUGCCACAGAAGUCAGUCCCGACAGCAGCUUGGCGAAUCAAUUGGAGCUCAUCCAUAGAAAGCUGGAUCUCAUGGGAGUGGGAUCAUCGGUGCAAGAUAACCUAGAAGGUGUAGAAGAUGUCAACUACAUACACCAAGGGGGCAACAGAUACUAUAACAACUCCCGCCCCAAUGAAGGGGGUGGAGGUUUCAACCAUUUUGGGAAUAAGCCACACCCCAAUCUCUCCUAUGGGAACCCCAACAAUGCCUUGCAGCCACCUCCGGGGUUUACAGUGUCACAAGGAAUGAUCACUGAGCCGCAGAAGAGGGGCUUAGAGGACGUACUGAAUGCCUUCAUGACACAGUCGCAAAAGAAUAUGGAGCAUUCAAACAAGAGGCUCGAGAAGGUAGAGAAUGAUGUGCACAGCAUGGCGACACAUAUGAAGAACUUAGAGGUGCAGAUGAGUCAGAUCGCUCAGUCUGUGAGCGGCCAGCAUAAGCCGGGGCAAUUCCCAGGGCAGCCUACCAUAAAUCCCAAGGAUUGCAAGGCGAUUCACUUGAGGAGUGGGACAAGUUAUGAGGGCCCAUCUAUGCCAGAGACACCGCCCAAGCCUGUAGCUGAGCCAGAGAAAGAAGCAGAUGUUGAGGUAGAAAAGGAGGAACUUGAGACAUCAUCUCCUCCAGUCAAGCCAACAGAGGUCAAAGUGCCAUUUCCCCAAAUGCUGCAAAGGAAGAAGAAGAAUGAUCAGUUCGCUAAAUUUUGGGAGAUCUUCAAGAAGGUGCAGAUUAACAUUCCGCUGAUUGAGGCACUGCAGCAGAUGCCCGGAUAUGUCAAGUUUCUCAAGGAAGCUGUCGCCAAAAAGAAGAAGUGGGGGCAUCAUGAGACCGUCAACUUGACGGAAAACUGUAGUGCAAUUUUGCAAAUGAAGCUUCCGGCCAAGAUGCAAGAUCCGGGAAGCUUUACUAUUGAAUGCACUAUUGGAGAUCAUUUUGUGAAGAAUGCCUUAUGUGACCUUGGAGCUAGCAUUAACCUCAUGCCAUUGUCCUUGUAUAAAAAGAUGAAGAUUGGUCCGUUGAAACCCACCUCUAUCACGUUACAGAUGGCUGAUAGAUCAGUAUCCUAUCCAGUGGGGAUUGUGGAGGAUAUAUUAGUGAGGGUAAAUGAGUUCGUCUUCCCAGCUGACUUUGUGAUAUUAGAUAUGGAGGAAGACAGAAAAAUACCUCUGAUUCUAGGAAGACCUUUCCUAGCCACAGGGAAGGCCUUAAUCGAUGUUGAUAAUGGAGAGCUCACAUUUCGCUUCAAUGGUGAAAGUACAACCUUUUCCAUCUAUGAGGCCUUGAAGAGGCAUGACGUGGAACCCGGAGGAAGCUUGCAGCAUUGCAAUGUGGUGACCACGGUGGAUGAGUAUGUAUUCCUGGGGGAAGAAGGUGACACUUAUCAGAUGUGGUGA